AUAGGUCUGAAAAAAUUCAUGUGUCUUAAACUAUGAUUAACCAAAGUAAGAAACAAUUAGUGCUCCACCUUCCUCAAUCGGUAUCAAGAUUCAUUCAAGACGUUUGGGUCGGGGUAAUAGAAAAAUCAGUCCAAAAAAGACAUCUUCUUACUUUGUCUUGAAAAUCGGACAGAUGUAAUAAAACAUCUUCCACUGUCAGAAAUUCCCACCAAUUAAUUAAUUCAUCCCUCUAUGCCACUCCUCCUCUUCUCUCUCUCUGAUCCGAAGAAACACACCGCCCCAACUGUCUCCUUCCUGAAUCACUGACAGCAAAACUUCCAACUUUACACAUAGUCACAGAUAUUAAAGGGUUGUCGUUGUUUUCGUUGUCCGGUGGAAGCUGAGGUUUGCCUUGUAGAGUCAUAGUUGGAGAACGAGGGUUGUUGGUAAAAAAAAAUGCGGUUGUUUCCAUUGAGCUCGAGUUCGAGUUCAUCAAAGGAUCGGAAUAGUAAUGGAGAGAGAAAUCGGGUCUCUUUGUAUUUAAAUGUAUAUGACCUCACAAAUAUAAACGACUAUCUCUACUGGUUCGGGCUUGGGAUUUUUCAUUCCGGCAUUGAAGUACAUGGUUUAGAGUAUGGGUAUGGAGCACAUGAGUAUCCAACAAGUGGGGUGUUUGAAGUUGAACCCAAAAAUUGCCCUGGUUUUGUUUUUAGGCGGUCAGUCCUUUUGGGUAGCACCGACAUGACUCGUUCAGAAAUUCAGUCAUUCAUGGAGCAUCUUUCUAGCAAAUAUCAUGGAGACAACUAUCAUCUGAUUGCCAAGAAUUGCAAUCAUUUCACCGAUGAUGUUAGCGUGUGUCUCACAGGAAAGCGAAUUCCUGGAUGGGUGAACCGACUAGCACAUUUAGGUUCUUUCUUCAAUUGUCUGCUGCCAGAGAGCAUUCAGAUUCAAGCAGUAAGACUCCCUGAUCAUCAAGCAUAUUCAGAUGAUGGGACAGAUUCUGUAGGAUCAUCAGUUUCAGCAGAUGUUGAAGAAGAGGAGCUAGAUCAUCAUCUACUGACGGUUACAAACAGUGAUGUAGCAUUUUUGAAGGAAAAGCCAGUGAGGCUAACAAAGGAGGCUCUUUGACUUGUAUUUUUCUUCACCUUCCCAUUUAUUGGUUUCAUCUUGGCCUUGUUGUUUGUGGUAAUUGUAUAAAAUCUAACUGUACUAGUUACUAUAUCAUCUGAGUCAAUUUGUUUGAGUGUAAAAUAGCAAGUGGCGAGGAACUGUAGUCACUUCCGUCUUAGUGCUUAAAGUAACUCAUCUUUGUUUGGUCAUAUUGUUAGAAAAAAAAAACCAUUACUUUUUGUUCAAACUAAUUGUUGUUUCAAUUUUAAGUUGGGAAGAAGUUGCACUUAGUUCAGCUAUUGGACGUAUUGCACAUUAAACAGAGGGAAUGACAAAGGGAACCAUGCAAUAUAUAGCUUGGAGCUGUGCAAGACUUGCAAAUGAUUGUUUAACAGAUUUUCUCAUCAACCAAGUGCCUAACCAAGUUCGUGCCCACCUCAGGGUCUACGGAUGUUGGCUGUUGGACUUGAAUAUUAGCUAUGCAGCCUCCAUUGUUCGCCUCUCUAUCCCUUGGAUCUCCUUGUUUCUAUAGGACACAAGUUUCAUUUUGCAGUUUUUUCAUUCUCAUAUCUUGCAUGGCUUGGAGAGAUUCUUCUGGUGCAGCAAAUGAAGAUGGCAAGACAGGAUUGGGCAGACCAGUAAACAAUUUUAUGGGUGAUGUUACCUGUCCAGACGAUAGUGGACAAACUCCCUCUGCUGAUUUUCCAACUAACGAAACCAGUGAAAAAGUUGCUGCUUAAGAGGAAGUGAUCAAGAAAAAUGUUAUAACUGUAAUGAAUUAUGAACAAGAGGAGUUGUUGCGAGAUAGAAGAAGAGAUGGCUGCUCUACAUAGCAAGAUAGAAGAACUGAAGGAACUCGGAAAGCGGUUCAUUCCAUCCACAAUGGUAAAAAAUUUCUCUUAUUAAGUUAUAAUGGUAUUGCUUGUUCAAGUUUGCAGUUUUCUACUACCAGUUGAUUGACACUAUAUACAGUUGAACUUAUUAGUAAACCAUCAGUACGAGCAACUGGGUGGCAGCUAAUCCAGGCUGUUUUCGGGGGAAAUGUCACCGGCAGCCAAAGAAGGAAACAACCGAAAACCCUCACAAAUUGUGAGUCACAAUGUAGUUGAUCAAAGCCUGUCUAAUGAACCUCAUGGGAAAGGGACAGAACCAAGAAAGUUAGCCAUUACGCGUAUGUAACUGUAACUUGCGUUCAAAUUGAGCCACUCGACAGAAAUUGUUUCUUGACGCCAUUGGACCAAAUGCAUAAUCCAAACAGUACUUGAAGACUUGAAAAGGCUGCAUAGCCCAUAACUGGUAUCAUAAUUCAUAAGCACCCAGCUCAGUAUACUGACUUUUCUUCUUUUUUUUCCCCAGAGACUAAAAUCAUCCGAGGAGAAGUAAUGGAAUUUGUAGCCCAUCUCAAGCAUCAUUAUCGAUUGGAGAUGUAUAAAGAUUCAAGUAUAGGACCAUGGAAUUCAAGUAUAGGACCAGAGACUAAAAUCAUCCGAGGAGAAGUAAUGGAAUUUGUAGCCCAUCUCAAGCACCAUUAUCGAAUGGAGAUGUAUAAAGAUUCAAGUAUAGGACCAUGGAAUUCUUGCUCGUGUCAUUUCUGCCACAGAAAGCCUUUCGAAGUAGAGGCAGUCUCUCUUUACCAAAAAGAAGAUGAAAGAGAUGCCAUAUACGGUUUUUCCUUCAUGAAAUUUGUGCUCAAUUUCAAUUGCCUCAAGAGUGGAACCAUUCCUGUCACUCUGAGGAUCCUCUUUCGCUUUACGAAGUGGAAUCCGGUGCUCCUCAGAAGUUCCAGUGCCAUUUAUGUGGAUCCAAUGGUUCAAAUUUUGUGUACCAUUGUGCAAUCUGUAAGUUCAGCAUAGACCUUCUUUGCAUUAACUUGAAGCCUACCAAGAAAUUGGAAGUUCACGCCCCUGAAAACAACCACCGGCAUCCCCUAUUCAUAUUUGAAGCA